AUGGUGACAAUGGCACACCUUGGUGGGCAUCAUCCCCCCUCCUGGUCCUCCUGGACCAUCCUGGCACCAGUCAUCUCCUGGACCAUCCUGGCACCAGUCACCCCCUCCUGGACCAUCCUGGCACCAGUCAUCUCCUGGACCAUCCUGGCACCAGUCACCCCCUCCUGGUCCUCCUGGACCAUCCUGGCACCAGUCAUCUCCUCCUGGUCCUCCUGGGCCAUCCUGGCACCAGUCACCCCCUCCUGGACCAUCCUGGCACCAGUCAUCUCCUCCUGGACCAUCCUGGCACCAGUCAUCUCCUCCUGGACCAUCCUGGCACCAGUCACCCCCUCCUGGUCCUCCUGGUCCAUCCUGGCACCAGUCACCCCCUCCUGGACCAUCCUGGCACCAGUCACCCCCUCCUGGACCAUCCUGGCACCAGUCACCCCCUCCUGGACCAUCCUGGCACCAGUCACCUCCUCCUGGACCAUCCUGGCACCAGUCAUCUCCUCCUGGUCCUCCUGGUCCUCCUGGCACCAGUCACCCCCUCCUGGACCAUCCUGGCACCAGUCAUCUCCUCCUGGUCCUCCUGGACCCAUCCUGGGUCCUGGACCCAUCCUGCUGCCAUCAUCUCCUGCUGGUCCCAUCUUGGCACCCAUCAUCUCCUCCCAGUACUCCUGGACCCAUCCUUUAGUUCAGAAUCUCCUCCUGGAUCUCCUGAGCCCAUCUUGGUGUCCACCAUCAACUCCUGAUCCUCCUGGACCCAUCCUGGAUCCUGCUGCCAUCAUCUCCUCCUGGUCCCAUCUUUGCACCCAUCAUCUCCUCCCAGUACUCCUGGACCCAUCCUGGAGUUCAGAAUCUCCUCCUGGAUCUCCUGAGCCCAUCGUGGUGCCUACCAUCAACUCCUGAUCCUCCUGGACCCAUCAUCUCCUCCUGGACCCAUCUUGGUGUCCACCAUCAACUCCUGAUCCUCCUGGAGCCAUCACCUCCUCCUGGAGCCAUCCUGGUGUCCAUCAUCAACUCCUGAUCCUGCUGGACCCAUCAACUCCUGCUGGCCCCACCUUGGCACCCAUCAUCAAGUCCUGAUC